CACGAUGCUGACUGACUCUCCUCACUUCGCUCACUCCAUCGCGCCUUCUGUUCACCGGUCUUUCCCUCUGCCAGGCAUGUGACGGCACGCCAGGCUCCGCGCGCACAGGUCUGGCACGAGCGCGCAGCACGCUCCUCUUCUGAUUGGCUGAAACGCGGCGGCUGAGACCUUGACGGGCCGUAGCGAGGCAGCGGGCGCAUCCUGCGCGGACAGCCAGGCGCACUGAGUCUGCGCGAGGCAGCGGAGAAAAUGGCGUGUCCGGGACGCUACUUGAUGCUGCGAGCCACGACGGCCUGCGAGUUCCAGCCUGUGGAUUAUUUACUGUGAUGCCAGCCCCUAUUCUUGUAUGGAUUUACGAAAGGUCUGUGACUUUCAAGUGCCUUGAAAGGGCGUCGUUUCUGCUGUCGUGUGCUUGAGGAAAAGAGACAACGCGUUUGAUUGGAAAGUUUGCAGACGACAGGGAAAAAAAGUUUCAGAAGUUUCCGCAGAACUCGAAAAGGAGCAAGAAGACUGUUGUGGGAAGGUUGUGCUGCCCCGACCCCCGGCAAAGUGUUUCACACUUGACUGCUGCCAGAAAUUGCCAAAUGGGUGCAGCUGACAUCAUGAUUCCAGGACAUAAAAUUUCAGGAGUGUGACUUGAAGUCUUGCGGGAAGACUUAUGUGGGUUGUCAUCUGCACAAAGGAUAAUGCAGAGAAAGACCAGUUUCAAGAUGAGGCAGAUAAGAGCUUCAAUUUGCAGGCAACUGUUGCUGCAGGGAUUCAUUCUGUUCAUUGCCAGCUUGCUUCUGGCUUCAGAAGUUGCCAUGGGAGCACAGCAUUUCCUGGAGAGGCCCCAGAACACCUCCGUUGUUCAGGGCAACCAGGUGUUGCUCAAGUGCAUUGUACAGGACCGUGUAGGCCGCAUUCAGUGGGUAAAGGAUGGCUUUGCACUGGGUUAUGAUCGUGAUAUUCCUGGUUAUCCAACAUACUCCAUCAUUGGCAAUAACCCCCAGGAAUACAAUCUUAUGAUUGUUAAUACUCAGCUGUCUGAUGACUCAGAAUUUCAGUGUCAGGUAACUCCUGGAGGCCCUACUGAUCCCCGACUUACAGCAUCAGCAUACCUGACAGUUCUGGUGCCCUGUGAUCCCCCCAUUAUACAAGGAUAUGCAAAUGGGUCAGUAGUCGAGGUGCCCCAUACGCAUCGGUCACUGCAGCUUGUGUGCGAAGCCCGUAAUGGACGUCCAGCCGCAGAAAUCGAGUGGUAUCGCAACAAUCAAAAAGUGGUCCAGAAUGUGGAUUACCAAACUGAGCCAAUCUUUGGUGACAAGCGAGUCAACGCCAGAAGUAUCUUGACCCUCACACUGUAUGGAAACAACGAAAAUGAUGCUGUAUAUCGAUGUCAAGCAAGAAAUGAUGCAAUGCGGGGAAUGUCACUAUCCACUGUAGUACAGAUCAGCAUUUUGUACCCACCUGGACCUCCAUCCAUUACUGGCUACACCAGUGGGCAGGUAGUUCGAACUAAUGACACCCUUCAUCUCACGUGUACAUCUAGAGGGGGUAAUCCUCUUGGUACAGUUGUCUGGUACCGGGACAAUGAAAGAGUUGACUCCUCUUUUACAAGUGGAGGGAACCAAGCCGUCAACGAAUACAUUUUUACUGCCAUGUCUGUGGACAACAGCAUGGAGUACAGGUGUGAGGUCAAUAACCUGGUGACAAGUGCCCCCCUGACUGCAAGUGUUACCUUGACAGUUCACUUUCCCCCUCAGAGAGUCACUAUCUCUGGAGGCGAUGGACCACUUCGCGCUGGGGAGACAGUCACACUGACCUGUGUGUCUUCAAACAGCAAUCCACGUUCAACUAUCACAUGGUUUGCACGUGGUCGUCAGAUCCCUACUGGAGAAGUGUCACAAAGCUAUGAGGUGUCUUCACUGGGAGGUUAUGUGACUCGGUCAACUGUCAGUGUGACAUUGUCACAUCAGGAACACAAUGUCAUCUACACAUGUCAGGCAACAAAUGAUGUUGGACAAACAGUAGCAGACACAGUAACAUUAAGUGUCCUCUAUCCUCCUAAUCCACCAACGAUAUCUGGUUACACUGAAGGGGCAUCCAUUAGAGCUAAUGAACUGGAACGACUGACAUGCAUUGCAGUAGGAGGAAACCCUGAGGCCACCCUCAAGUGGUACAAAAAUGAUCAGCUGAUCACAAACUCUGUAUACAAAGUUAUUGGAAACAUUGCCCAGUCAGAAGUUGGCAUUGUGGCUCAUCCAGAUGACAAUGGGGCUGUAUACAAAUGCACAGCCACUAAUGCUGCUACAACAACACCACUGCAAGACAGUGUCACAUUGACUGUGCUUUUUCCACCAACCUCUGUUGUGAUCACGGCAUCUACCAAUGAGCCUCGAGCUGGAUAUGGCAUGAAUCUUACAUGUGUGAGUUCCUCUAGCAAUCCUGCGGCAGAGAUUCUGUGGGUCAAGGCUGGUAAACGGAUCCAGGGGGUCAACCGCGGAGUUGUUGAUGCUGAGUAUGGGGGAAAAAACACAACAAAUGUGCUUCAUUUCAUUCCAACUUCUGCUGACCACAAUGCUGUUUAUGGCUGCCGAGCUACCAACACUCUGCUGGGAUUGUCUGUAAAUGAUGCCAUCACACUCAGUGUCUUGUUUUCACCAGAGUUUGUAAAUGACAUACCAACCCACAUAGAUAUGACUGCUGGAGAAAGUCGUACUCUAAACCUCACAACCUAUGCGAACCCCACAACCGUUACAUAUACUCUGCUGCGUGAGGGGGUUCCUAGCAGAAUCUCCCGCUUUUCCAUCAACAAUGGAAUACUGCAGAUCAAUAACAUCAACAAGGCUGACCGCGGCAACUUUACCAUGAAGGCUGAAAAUUCACAAGGGUCUAACACGUUCAACUUCACUAUUGAUGUCCGUUAUCCAGCCACCAUUGUUGACAUAACUAACAAAGUCAUGGAGGAUGAAGGAGGGACGGCAUUUUUUGAGUGUGUUGUGGAUGCGAAACCUGUUGUUCCGGACAUGAUCACCUGGACUCGACAAGAUUUUGACAUGAGCAAAACUAAACAACGCACAGAGGGCUCCAAAUCCUAUCUCACAGUGUAUGAGCUUACAAGGCAAGACACUGGAAACUUUAAAUGCGUUGCUGACAAUGGCAUUGGGCGACCAGAUAGCAAGAAUGCAAGGCUUAUUGUUAAAUAUGCCCCUAUAAUUGACAAGUCGCCAGAGAAUGCCAAAGCUGCAGCAGAGACAGGUCGCAUUGCCACCCUCGUGUGCAAGGCAGAAGGAGCUCCAGACAUUACCUUUUCAUGGCACAAGAAUGGAGCUGCUCUUGAUGCCUCCAACAGUAAAUAUGAAUUGGCACUUGACAAGCUUCAAACGGUGUUCUUCACUAGCACCCUAAAAGUAAAAAACAUUGCAAGAGAUGAUUAUGGCAGCUACAACUGCACUGCAACCAACACCAAAGGCUCAGACAGCUUUGAAAUUUCUUUGCAUGGCACAAGUAAACCAGACCCACCAUAUGAUCUGCAGUUUGUGAAUGCUACUCACAAUAGCCUCACUAUUCGUUGGAAACCAGGCUUCAAUGGAGGUCUGGAUCAGUCAUUUCGUGUUCGGUUCAAACCAACAGAGGCCAGAGGUUAUGUCUACGUAGAUGUUAGUCCUCCAUCAACAACACUUUUUACUGUUACAGGGUUGAAACUGGGAACAGAAUAUGAGAUGACAGUGCUGGCAUUUAAUAACCUGGGAGAGAGUGCUUUCCAGGCACAGGGCAUUGUUGCCAAGACUUCCAGUGUGGUACCACCAGCAGAUAUUUCCACCUCUGAACUUCAAGGCUCAGAUGAAGUUCCUGUCAUCAUCAUCCUUGUUGUUUGCAUUGUCGGGGUCUCUCUCACACUGAAUGUUGGACUGAUCCUUUUCUUUGUCAGGCGAAGAAGAAAGCGGCUGGAAAAUGGCAGUGAUACGACAAGCCAUACCAACACAUUUGAGCUUUAUGGACCAACUAAAGCUGAUGCAGCCCUUUAUCCUGUAGCAGCUUCAGAUGACAAUCGCAGUUAUGGAACUUAUGAUAAAAGCAUGGAUGAUUUUUCUGAUGACUACAACAGAGAAUAUGAGAUUGAAGAUGAUGUCAAGGUGGUAUUUUUGCCUCAGCAGUCGGAGUAUGUCAAUCGACCAUUUACACCAACCAAGAUGGAUUCUCCUCGGAUUAACAGUCACAAAACCUACUUAGUGGAUGAUCAUGGACACCAGCCUCCAUGGCACGAAGAUCCUUAUAGAGUGGCAUCACCUAACAAAAAAGGAACAUUUGAUAAUGGGGAUUUGUUAUAUGACAACCACGCAAGGCCUAAGAGCAUCACUGAACUGUCGGAAAGACCACCCAGCCGGCCUGCUAGUCGAGCUGGUAAAACUCCACCCCCACCACCAGUUCGUACUACGUCAAGUCGUGGUGAUGUGAUGCCUCCACUGCCUGCCAGAAAUUAUGGGCCUCAGGAAGUGCAGCCUCGAUAUGCACCGCCUCCAGGAUCCUUGUCACCAAACAUUGUGCCAAAUCCCACGUACAACGGACCCACUUCACGUGUCAGCCCAUCACCUCACAAGCAGUUGGCUCCAGGAUCAGAGAUGCGAGGGCAUCUUGUGUAAAAAUAUCAUCCAACUGUUUACUGUUGGAAGGAAGAUAACUUAUUCUUCACUCAGAUUAGUGUGAGUUGCCUAGCAUGCGGGAUAUCAUUGAAUGCACAACAGGCACUUAAUGAUGAAAACAAGUGCUAGUCUGCAGCCUCCAAGUGACUGUUGACCUGGGGUUGAUUGGCAACCAGAUACUGUGGCAUUGCAUUACACUAUGAGGUUUAACUUGGACAGGCCAGGAGUGGUAAUUCAAUGGAUGCAGAAGAUGGUGGUAAGACACAAAACAUGCAGAGAUGGUCCUUCGAUGUUGUCCCUCGUGAAAUGACAUUGAAGAAGGAGAUUUCAAACAAGAACAGGAUCAGUUUUUGUAGCUGUUGAAUAUAUGAAAGGCUGUGGAAUGAUGCAGAUUUCAGUGAGGCAAGGAAUCUUUAUGUAUGAUUUGGAAGCUUGCAUCAGAUUGUGUUUCCUGUGGAAAAUUGGGUAAAGGCAGCAAGUGUGUCAUUAAAAAUUGGAUGUCAUCAGCUUUCUACGAGAAAACAUGACUGCCUUGAGACCCAUGUUCCUACCUAAAUCAGAUUAUUAAAGAGAAGAGAGUGGGAUGCGCUAAUUAGGGAUGUACUAAUUAGGGCAUGGGGGAGGCAAAGAUACAUGUACACCAAAGAUGUCACCAAGUCCUUACUCUACCACUCCCUUUCCCAGAGAUACACAAAAUACUCAUGCUCAAGGACAGUCAUACACAUACAGUAACACAAACACAUAUCUAGACAUGUUGAUCCCAGUAUUGCAAGGAUGUAAAGGAAGUGAUGGGCCUCAGAUCAGCUAACCCUCAUUUCCUAGCACUAUCUCCAAUCCUGUUGAACUCUUCAUUGGUGCUAUUACAAUUCAAUCCAAUGAGUGGAUUUUAAAAAGAAACUGUUGAUCAAUAUGAAUGAGAUGAAAAAAAUUGUGCGUGAGCGUGUGUUAUUUAUUGUCGCAUUCUUAUUCGUGAUAGUGUAUCAUACAAUGAAUAAUUCAACGAAUGGGGCAUUUUGGAACAGAACUUGGACAAUUGUGCAGUUGAAAGAAGAGACACACUUAUUGCAUAGCAGAAAACUGACUUUGCCAAAGCUUAUAACUGCUUGAUCUUGUGUACAAGAGGACUGUUAACAAGAGUUAUAAUGGGAGUGCUUUGGGAAAAAGUCAUCAAAAAUUUUCCUUGCUGCAUCAUGAAUAAAUACAAAUUGCUUUGCUUGGUAUCUUACAGUAUUGAACUGACUAGGAAGAAGCUAGUGCCAGAAAGUUGGGAGAAGAAGCAAAAGACAAUAGGAAAUACUCACAAUUUGAAGGAGAUAAGAGUAAAAUUAAGGCUUGGCAACUUUCACAUUUUGUGAAAUAAACUAGUGAAAGAGACAUCGAUAAAGACCUAUCUCUGUUUCUCUGAGAUGUAUGCACCUUACUUUAAAGGUGGUGCUUAAAAAUGGAUGACACCAGCACCAGGAUUCUUUCACUGGUCAUCUGCAACACCCCAAGCAUUGUACUUUCAUGUUCAUAACACCCUCCGCCCCAUAUGAUUCAGGGUGAUCAUAGGUCAGUAGACAGUGCCUAUGCUUUUCAUGUCAGCAUCAAUUAAAGCCGUGAAGGAAGAUGACAGUCAUAUUAGUGAAGGAAAUCACAUUCUGAAUGAGUGAGUGCAAGUUGUGUGCUGCUGACUAGACUGCUUGUUGAGCUGAAAUGCAAGGCGACUGAGGUAUUAUGCUGUUAAGAGUAAUGGACUUUGAUAGUUAACUGUGUCUUCUUGCAGCCUAAAAUUAUGAUGUGCUAUUAAGGCCAGCUCAAUGUCCUUGCAUAGAAUACUGUGCAUUGUAAACAGUGGUUGACCUUCAUCCCUACAGUGGAACCUGCUCAAAAGACUUUGUCUGUGGGUCAGAAAACCUUUAAUGGUUUUGUAUUUAUUAUUGCUUCUUUAAUUUGAUUGACUUUUUUGAAUUAAUAGCUAUUUUUUUUUUAAUUUAUUGAAACAAAUGUUUUACUUUUCCCAUGCUUAGAUAUGUCCACAAACGUUUUUCAUUCAUUGAAUCUAGUAGGUACCUAAGUUUUACAAUGUGUUUUGGAAUUGUGUUUAAAUUAUUUCUUUUCUCAGUUUUACACUUGGUGAAAAAAGUGGUUGAAAGUAUUUCUUUUAAUGAGUGCUAACACAAAGAUAUGAUGAUGCGUACUUGCAAAUGAAGAGGAUGGAAACAUGCAUACAUUUCUUUUCCAAAAACAAUUCUUGCAUCAUAGGCAUGAAAAUUAUGAGAAUUAUGAGUCUAAACUGUAAUUAAUGUGCAAAACAAUGGUUACAAAUAAUUUUCAUUAUUGUAUUGCAUAAUUUUAUUCUCUUUGGUAGUAAUUGAAGUGUCUGGAGUUAAUGACAUUAACGCUGCUUUCUAGGCAAAGGAUUUUGCACAUGUUUUAUAAUGUCCUUUAAGUUGAAAUCUUUACAUUAGUGAUGCUAUGGUGACUAACUGACACAAGAUUAAUUUAUCAUUUGAAAGCUGGACCACUUCACUUACUUUCCUUCUAUACACAGUCUUUUGCUGCAUGUUCCACUGAUGUCAAAGUGCCUGCCAUCAAAAUUAAUGAGAACUUUGAGCUCUACAAGUGGAACAGUUAUUGUAAUAUACAAUUCAUAUCAUGCCUGACAUAUAUGUUCCCCCCCCCCCCCUAUCCUAUACACACACCUUACUGUGCUCUCCACCUCAUAUCAGUUGUUCACAAACACCUCAUUUUGCAUGAAAUAGGAUUCAUAUGCCAGAAUAUUACCUGAACUCUCAUGUCAGAAUAUUCCCAUAACUUUCACAUCAGAAUAGUCUCAUAAUUCUUAUGGCAUAGUAUUCGAAUAACUCUCAUGUCAGCCUCCCAGCCCUUCUUGUUCCAUUCACAGAUAUUUAUAUAAAUUGUCUCCUGUCUAAUGCUGGUUUCUGUAUAUUUAGUCUAAGCUGAGUUUGAUAUUUUCCACUUCAAACAGUUUUAUUGUUGAGUGAGUAGAAGAGUCAAAAGCAAAUAAAGUACAUUAAGACUCGAAGGAAGCAUGUAAACAAAGGUGCAUAAACAGAUGUAGUUAGGGAAAGGCAACAUGAAGGAAGUGAGAGUGGAAUGGCAGAAAGGCAGAACAGAAGCUGGAGAAAGUGUUGGUUAUGUCAGAGUGAAGCUGGAACUGUCCUUAAUUAGUAUUGCACUUUUAAAAGGAACUCGAGAAUUUACACUUUUUGGUUCUUACUAAGGUCUUUUGCCCUUAAAAAUAAUACUGCUCAUAAACAGGAGUAACAGAAAUAUGUAUUUUGUGAGCACAUGAAGCAUACUAACAAUAUAUACAGAAAUACAUUCAUGCUGUUUUGUACUUGGAUGCACAGAAUGCAUCCACACUUCAAUGAUUUUUCACUCUAAAUAGUCAUGAACUUUGUUACUGGAUAACUGCAUAAUGAAUCAAUGAGUCAAGAUCUUAAUUUUUUUAUCUUGUUCCCACAAAAUAAUGUAAACAAAUUCAUGAUAAAUAACUUAGGAGGAAACUUUAUCUCUGCAGUUAUAAAGAGUAAUCAAGCUAAGACAUUACCUCAGUCCUGACAUAGUUGAAUGCUCGAGCAUUUGAAGCUAAACAACAAUUGGAAUAAACUCUCCUAGUCUUGAAGUUACCUUUUAAACUUAUUUCCUAUGUGAGGUCACAGUUGAGUUAAUAAUCAGAUUAGUAAUGGUCAUGCUGCUUUGUUUUUUGUUUUGCUGACAGCAUCUGCAAUAAGAAAACAGUUUGAAUUAUUAAAGGGGUUGUUUCCUGUAGAAAGAAGAAACUGAAGUCUCAGACAAAGAGCUGCAUUCUUAACUAUUGUAUGUGUCCUUUAGUUUUGCAGUAAGUUCUUUGCUUUCACAACAAUUUUGUUCUGAAGACAAUGCUGGAAUAAUGUCUUUAGACAGCUGACCUCAGGUCAUGUGACCUUACUCAAGUAGUAUAUUGUAUGACCUCACUUGCCUCUAAAGUAGCAGAUGAUACUAUAUCUUCAGAAAAGCAGAACUUUGGUUUUGGGGUUUGUUUUUUGUUUGUUUUUUUUUUGUUUUGUUUUGUUUUUUGUUCUUGUUUUGUGGAUUGAAAGUAAGAACCCAUUAAUUUUUAGUAUAUUUACAGUCUUUACACUUAUGUGCCCAGACUGCUUCUAAACAUAGCCACCAUGGAGAGUGUUUGGGUCAUUGAAAACCUUGUUUCUAAUCUAUAAUCCUGUAAAGCCAGUGAAAGAUGGAGAAAGAUAUAUUUUUGACCCUGUGCAUUGGAAAUGUUGAUAUCUGAACUCCCACCAUUUGUGUAACUUGAAUUAUGUCCAUUCAGUUUGUACCUUUUCUUACUGAAGGUCUCCCCCACCUCCACCUCAAAAAAAAAGUUAAUAAAGGGUAUAAAUUUUAAGUUACAUUAAUUGACUUAUUAUUAAGCUUGUAUAUGUGACAUAUUUGUGUCGCAGCUGUUGCUGCUUUGAUAAUGCAUUUUGUUACUUAGCAAUAACAUGUUAAUAUAUUUCUCCUGACAGUGACAGCACUUUAUUGGUUAUCUGCACUCACAGUUGACUGAACGCACAGAGUUGGUUCUUUUAACCAGCACACAUUUGUGUUUUCGUGAAGGUUAGAAUGUUGAAAAUUGAAUUCCUUUGAGCACCAUGCUUAGAUGCUUGUGCAAAGAAGGUGAUUUCAGAAGAUACGUGCUUUCAUUGCAGAACCUUACUCAAGGAACUGCAUAUUGAUACCAGCUUUAACCAUCUUUCUAUAUCACAAACAGGCUAUACAUCCUGAAAUUGCAUGACUUUUAAACAGUACCAGUUCUUUCAAUAAAAACGUGUCACCCUUGACCCUGCACCCAAAAUUUCAUUGCUGUAGUUAUGCUCUUCCCCUCCAACUCACCUAUACUUUUGUUGCAUUCAUUAAAUUAUUCCUCCAUUUUUGUUUUUAAUUUAUUCUCGUUUUGUUAAGGGAGCAUAGAGAUAACAUCCUGUCUGAGUUUUCCCGUAAGUCGAAUUCAUUUGAAUGCUUAUAUAUGUAAGUGUUGACCAUUGUAGAAACAACGCAAAAAUAUCCUUCUCUAGAAUUGUAAAUAAAACUGCCUCUGUAGCUUGAUUGAUAAAUGUGUUGUUUACAGACAAAGACUAGGAAGCAGGGUACAGCAUGAAAUUCUCCCUAUACAGAACUGCCACUGUUUUUAUUUCCCAUCAAAAAUCAGUAAAAUUGCUUUUUGUUUGCCAUAUGUUCCUGUUUACCCUUACUAGAUGCUAAAUCUCUUAACCCCAUUCCACUUUUUCAUAAUUUUGCUGCAUGUUUUAUUGGCCAUUAUCCCAAUCUAAUAAGCACACUAGCGUUCUCCGGGACUUCCAGUAUGUACACAUGUUUACAUUUCCGGUGGUAAGCAAGAAGCAUAAUUUAGCUAACUUUUGAUAUCAGUGUUUAAUAUCAGGGACAUGUGUCUCUCUCUCGCUCUACACAAUGACUGAGGAGAAUGUUGUGAAUAGGGAAAAACAAAUAUAAGUUGUGUACAAAAUGUCCGUCCAACACACCCUAAACUUCCCCACACAGUACUUCAUUUCGUACUCCAUCUACGUUUGUGCUGGUGAUGCUGGUAUGUUUACAUUUUUCAUGCCCUUUUGAAGAAAUCAGUAGAGGGGUUUUAACCCUUUUAACUCAACACAUAUCUUUUAGUGCACUAAAAAUGUAUAAUCAACAUGAAACUGCAAAUGAAGUCAUGAUCAAAAUUUUGAUUUCUACAUCUAUUAAGCUUGUUGAAGCAAAUAUUGUAUUUCAUAUAUAAAUUAUAUAUAUUAUAUACUUGCCAUGUGAGAAUAAAAUGUACUACAGUUAUGUGUUUGAAAUUUAGAUCAAUAGAUGGUCAAACACUUUAAAUGUUAACAUAAUUUCUUUGGUUGUUUGCACCUUUUUUUAUGUGUCUUCUGUAUUGAAAAAGAAAAAUGACUGCAUGACAGAAUGGAAGAUAAUGUCUGAAAAGUUGGUUUGUUUCAAGUCAGUUUCCAUUGGCCACCCACAUUCCCCUCUCCCAAUUCUCCUAUUGUUUCUGUGUUUUUGUUUUUUAACGUUGUACAUCAUUAAACUUGUUAAGUACCUCCGUUUGUACAGAAAGCCCACCUGGAAAGUAAGAUCUUAGCCAUGGGCUGUACUUUCACAUCUUCAGAAAACAUUUGAUGAAUUAAAAAGCAGUUAUUAUUUCUCAGGGUAAAAAAGUAGGUAGGGAAACAUAAUGAUGGUUGUUGAAAGCAGUUGCCAUCACAUAUGCUAAGCUGAGUAGAACUAUAACAUUUUUCUUUCUCAUCCUGUGGAAAGCAUUACAAAAUAAUAAGUAACAUUUUUAUUAGCAGUAACAAUGUUCAGUAAUGGGGAAAUGACCAGCAGAGUGGUUAGAGCACUAGCGUUUGAACUAGAAGUGCAAUACCUGUAUGGUGCAGAAAAUUUUGCCCAGUUGAUCCAGCUGGUGGGAAUGAGUACCUGACUCCAGAAGGUAAGGCAGCGAAGGAAAGAUGGGCAUGCCCUCGAAAGAUGUAAAGCUGACCCUUGGAAAGCAAGGUUGCCAAUUCCUCACACCAUGGCAACCUUAAAAAGGUUAAGGAAUGACCCUGGCUUUAAUAAGAUUCAGAUUUUCACAUACCCAAUCUCUGUACCUUAUUCAAUAAUAGAAAUGAGCAUGCGGAGUACACACAAAAAAGUGUGUUGUCUUAAAACAGUUUUACAAGAUGCACAGAUUUGUGCAAAAGGAAUAACCAAAUAAAGGAACCCCUAUUGGCAACUCUCAACCUUAACCUUAUGAUUAUAAAUCAUAACAUUACAGAACAGAAGCAGUGACAAAAAUUAAACUGUUUUUCUACCAUAAGAAAUUUUGUAUGAUGUGUGAUCAAAAAUCUAUUUAAAAACUCAUAUAUUCUGUUAUUAUUCUUGCAGAAAAGUAAUACAAGCCGAUAUUGAAUAUUUUCUUCAUAUUGAGAUGAAAACGGUUUCAUGCCUUUUCACAGGAAAAUAGUAUUAAAUUCAUUGUAGAUAUGUUACAUGUUGUUUGCACUUUCAUUUUUUUUGAGAUAGUAAAUUCAUACUGUGUUAAUACCUCUAUCUGUUUCUCAUGUUCUUGAAAGUUAUGUUUAAAGAACCAUGUUUAUGGCCAGGGAUGUAAUCCUGUUGUGUUUCAAUUCAUAAUUUUUGAGAGUCACAACUGAGAAACAUUACAUUAUAUUUCUUUAGUGUGUACAUUAGCACUUGGCACUGAUUGAGUUCUUCUGUCUCAAAUGUGCCACAGCAGCUGUUUUCCACAUCACUGAUAAUUACUAUUUCAAGACAUCUUCACUGCUUUGAUUGUGUUGCUUUUUGCAUUAUUUUCUGAUCAAAUUUGCCAAAACCUGAAACCAUCUGUAUUACAAAAUAACUCAACUGCAGGAAAAUGAAGGAUAUCCUUUGCUGAGACUGACCUGGCAUUAAAAUUCACUUGUUUCACUUUGUGUGAUUAAUGUGUGUGAUUAAUGACUACAUGAAACAGAGUGACCGAGCUGUAAUCAACAGCCAAAGUGAAGUGUAGAUGUACAUUUGUUUUUGGACUUAUUGGCAGAAAAGCUGUCUAGCAUUGCUUUUUGAUGUUGGAUGAAAAUCACUGCUAAAAAUAGCAACCACCAACACUUUCACAAACAGUCAUAGAUGAUAACAUUUGUACAGGGCUUUUAUUCCACUGCUUUGCAGACAGCUGUUAAUAUUUACCCCUCUCCUCUAGUUAACCAUUUUGUCGACAUUUGCAGUAUCAGCACUUCAGGGCUUGCCAAGAAUAUUUAGAGAGUGCUUCCACCUUUAAAUACCUUUAUGCUAUUGCAGAAUGGGGGAGAGUCUGGAACAGUUUAUUUUGGGUAUUUUAACAAUCCUCUAUCUAUUUAAAAAUUACUUAAGCUUCAAUAUUCAUCAUAUCAUUAAAACUAGAAUGCUGCAACUGAGAGAAACGUCAAUGACAUGUCAGUUAAUCUUACAAUAGCUGUUACGUAAAACUUCAGGCAUUCUCAAGGCUUAUCAAGGGGAAAAGGAAAGAGACGUGGGGAAAGAAAGUGCAUUCCUUCAUCCAAAGAAUAACAUUUUUUUGUGUACUGAUGCAGUCAUUUGAAAUACCAUGCACAAUCUUCACAUCAAUACAUUUUUUUGUAGUACAAGCUGAUUGAUAAAAUUCAUCAAAGUCAAACACCAAGUAGAAUUAACACUUUACAGAUAAAUCACAAGCGAUGCCCAUUGCUGUAGAGGAAAAACUGGUGUACAUCAUAUAGAAUAAUAUGGAAAAAACGGCAAUCAGUUAAAAGGCAUGGACUUUAUGUGUUUUGGGUGUGUAUGGAAAAUUGCAAGAGAAGUCUUUUGAGUGGACUUUUUAGUUGGUUUUGUGUGAACAUGCAUCUGUUGAUAUGUACCCAGUAAUUUGGAGGUAAAUUCAUUUUGGUUUUGUGUGAAAUGCAUAUGUUGAUGUAUCCAUUCAUUUGGGCGUAAUGAUAAUAAAUGCACUAUGCAAUAUA